AUGUGGUCUUUAGGAACGGCGGGUCUGGGUGCUCAGUCGGUCACUCAACUUGCCAAGCAUUCUCCAGCGCGGAUUUAUAUCAGCGGUCGGAACGCGACAAGCGCAAAGACAAUUAUCAAUGAAAUUGCCGAGUCUGGGUCGAAUGCACCUGUCUCGUUUGUCGAAUGCGACCUCGCCUCUCUAGAUUCCGUUAAAAAGGCCGCGGAAGACAUACUGGCAAAGGAAUCACGACUCGAUGUGCUCAUGUGUAACGCAGGUAUCAUGGCCCUCCCGCCAGACCUAACAAAAGACGGCUACGAGGUGCAGUUUGGCAGCAACCAUCUAGGCCACGCACUAUUGAUCCAAAAGCUGUUACCACUACUGCAACAUACCGCCGAAACAGGUGCGGAUGUACGUGUCAUUAUCCUCACAUCUAUAGGUUAUCAGCUGCAUCCUUCUGGUGGGAUCGUUUUCGAUGACUUGAAAACUACGCAGGAUUACGGCGUCUUCGGAUCCUGGAGACGGUACGGCCAGAGCAAGCUCGCUAAUAUUCUGUAUGCUCGUGAAUUAGCUCGUCGGUAUCCGGACAUUACCACCGUCUCUGUUCACCCUGGGGUGGUCACUACCGGGCUGGUUGAGAACUUGGGAUGGGCACAUCGCCGGUUUAUCUAUGCCACCACCUUUAAUCAGAUGGUGACACUGGAGGAGGGUGCGUAUAACCAGUUGUUGGCCGCUACAACGUCCAAAGGUCGUUUGGAAACCGGUCAGUUUUAUAUGCCGGUGGGUGUUGCGUCGAAUGGUAAGCUCACCAAGACCGGGCAUGAUGAUGUAUUGGCUAGUCGACUUUGGGGGUGGACAGAUGAGGCGUUGGAAGAAUACUAUAAUUAA